UGGUGUGAGGCUGAGCUGCACCGCGCUGCACGUCCAUGUUCGGCAUAGCCGGGACCAGCUCAUAAAGGGUCAACAGCGGCCGAGACCCGGACAGCUGACGUCACAGGUGAGACGAGGGUGUUGACGUCACAGAGUGGGGUCACAGACUGUGAUCCUGGCUUUGUUCAUUGUUUCAUCGUCCCGUGACAUUGAGUGACUAAGGUCCAUUCUCAUUUGCUCUGUGUCCCAGGGGAAGGCUCCUGGCCUUCCCCACUGUGUCUUUUGUUUUGGAAAGGCCAAAUAUGGCGGACCCAAUAAUGGACCUGUUUGAUGACCCAAACCUAUUUGGGUUGGAUUCCCUAACUAGUGACUCAUUUACCAGAGAUGGACCAGAUACUAUGGAUGAAGCUCUUGGCUUAGGCAAUGUUCUAGAGCCUCUAGAACAGCUUGUAACAGUCAGAGGACCUGAACAAGCAAUUCCAGAUGUGAAUGAGCAGCGAAUACAACCUCAUGUGCUGCCACAGAAUCCUGUUCCUAUUCUUCAACCAGAACUGGUGCUUCCUUCUCAAUUAACCAUCAGUCAGGAACCUCUAAAUCAAGGAAACCCUUUUAUGGGCACCCCGUUGACUGUAACUACCGCAGCAACUACAACAGCAGCUCCUUCUGCACCUAAAAUUAUGAUUUUAAAGGCGCCACCAGGGAUGACGGUUAGUGGUGUCCCUGUGUCACAAAUCCAAACUCUGACUACUGGACAGACAGCUAAUGGAGGCAAAGUGACUAUUGCUAAGGUGCUUACAGGAACCCAGCUGAGACCUGGCGUAUCAAUUGUAUCUGGAAAUACAGUACUAGCCAAAGUUCCAAGUCCAGCGGGACAACCUGGUGCAAUCAGACCCGUUCGGCAGUUAUUGCUACAACCAAUGCGCACAUCAGCAACUUCGGCUGGUAUUGAUGGCAACACAGGCAUCAAACCCGCAGUCACCUUGACAUCCGCUCCUCAGCAGGGGGAAUCAAAACGCAUCACGCUUGUUCUUCAACAGCCUACCCAGGCAGGCACAGGAGCUCAACAAGGCCAGCGUCAUGUGGUACUGGGUGGUUUGCCAGGGAAGAUUGUUUUUCAAGGGAACCAACUGGCUGCUUUGACACAAGCCAAGAAUCAACAUGGACAACCUACCAAGGUAGUGACUAUACAGCUGCAGGUUCAGCAGCAGCCAGGAGGAACAGCACAAACCCCACAGAAGUUUCACAUUGUACAGCAGGGACCAGGUGGUCUGACUCUAGCACCCAGCCCCCAGCAAACACAUGUGAUCGGUCACCAAGGAGCUCAGAGGCUUUCGGUACCUCUGAAAGUUGUCUUACAGCCACAGGCGGGCUCCUCACAAGGCACAACACAAAGUCUGUCAGUGGUAAAAGUUUUGAACGCCAGUGAAGUUGCGAGUCUCACAGCUAACCAAACUUUGGUUAAACUUGGAGGAGAAUCUCGUAAGCUUGAUAGUCAGAAGAAACAGGAAAAAGCCAAUCGUAUUGUGGCUGAGGCCAUUGCCAGGGCUAGAGCUAGAGGGGAGCAGAAUAUUCCUCGUGUUCUGAAUGAAGAUGAGCUUCCAAGUGUCCAUGCCGAUGAUGAUGAUGCAAGUAGGAAGAAGAAGAAGAAAAAGAGGGGUGAACCGGGUCAUGGCUUAUGUACUGAUAAGUCUAAAAAAUCCAAGGGGAGCAGCAGCUCAAGAUCCAAGAGCAAAUCGAAGCCUAGUACAAUCACUCCAAUUGUUGGGAAGAAGAGGAAGCGCAACCCAUCAUCUGAUAAUUCUGAGGCAGAAGUGCUACCAUCUCAGGCUUCUCCAGUAGAGGAUGAAGAUAGUGUUCAGAAGAGACGAUCCAAUCGACAAGUGAAACGUAAGAAAUACACUGAGGAUCUAGACAUUAAAAUUACUGAUGAUGAAGAUGAUGAGGAAGUUGAUGUUACUGGUCCAGUAAAGUGUGAACCAGUCCUUUUGCCUGGGCCUUUUCCAAUGCCUGAUGGCGAGAUGGUUCCCUCCAUGCAGUUCUUUGUGGAAAAUCCAAGUGAAGAAGAUGCUGCAAUUGUGGAUAAAAUACUUUCUAUGCGCACGGUUAAGAAGGAGCUACCCACGGGGAUCUAUAUUGAUGCAGAAGAAUAUUUUGUCAAGUAUAAGAAUUACUCCUAUUUGCACUGUGAGUGGGCCACCAUUCAGCAGCUUGAGAAAGACAAGCGCAUCCACCAAAAGCUCAAGAGGUUUAAAACCAAGAUGGCUCAAAUGCGUCAUUUCCUCCCAGAGGAUGAAGAGUCCUUUAACCCAGACUAUGUUGAAGUGGAUCGAAUCCUGGAUGAAUCGCAUAGUAUUGAUAAGGACAAUGGGGAACCUGUGGUGUAUUAUCUUGUGAAGUGGUGCUCGCUGCCCUAUGAAGACAGCACCUGGGAGCUUAAAGAGGAUGUAGAUGAAGGGAAGAUUGAUGAGUUUAAAAUAACUGAGUCCCGACUGCCGAAUCUCAAGCGUGUGGCACGACCUGCAGCUACUUCAUGGAAGAAGUUAGACCUGACCCGGGAAUACAGAAACAGUAACCAGUUAAGGGAAUACCAGUUGGAGGGGGUCAAUUGGCUACUGUUCAAUUGGUACAACAGGCAGAACUGUAUUCUGGCUGAUGAAAUGGGUUUGGGCAAGACCAUCCAGUCUAUCACAUUUCUGCAGGAAUUGCAUAAUGUUGGGGUACAAGGUCCUUUCUUAGUAAUUGCUCCUCUUUCCACUAUUACCAACUGGGAAAGGGAAUUCGCCAGCUGGACUCAAAUGAACACCAUUGUGUACCAUGGCAGCCUGGCCAGCCGACAAAUGAUCCAACAGUACGAGAUGUAUUGCAAGGACUCUAAGGGUCGUCUCAUUCCUGGAGCCUACAAGUUUGAUGCUUUAAUCACAACUUUUGAGAUGGUGCUUUCCGAUUGCCCUGAGCUACGUGAAAUUGAAUGGCGUUGCGUCAUUAUUGAUGAAGCUCAUCGUCUGAAGAACAGAAACUGUAAACUGUUGGACAGUUUGAAGCACAUGGAUCUAGAGCAUAAGGUCCUCUUGACUGGGACACCAUUACAGAAUACUGUGGAGGAGCUGUUCAGUCUGUUACAUUUUCUGGAGCCUAGUCAGUUUGCCUCCGAAGCAGAAUUUCUGAAGGAUUUUGGAGACCUGAAAACUGAGGAGCAGGUGCAAAAGCUUCAAGCCAUCUUAAAGCCUAUGAUGCUAAGAAGGCUAAAGGAAGAUGUGGAGAAGAAUCUUGCACCCAAACAAGAGACCAUCAUCGAAGUGGAAUUAACGAACAUUCAGAAGAAAUAUUAUAGGGCCAUUCUGGAAAAGAACUUUUCUUUUCUUACUAAGGGGGCUAGUCAGACCAACACUCCCAAUUUGCUUAAUACCAUGAUGGAGCUUCGCAAGUGCUGCAACCAUCCCUAUCUCAUCACUGGAGCGGAAGAAAAGAUCAUGUCUGACUUCCGAGAAGCGACACCAGUGAUUCCUCUUGACUUCCACUUGCAAGCAAUGGUGCGCUCCUCUGGCAAAUUAGUUCUAAUAGACAAACUUCUACCCAAACUUAAAGCUGGAGGGCAUAAAGUUCUCAUCUUUUCCCAAAUGGUGCGGUGCUUGGAUAUAUUGGAGGAUUAUCUCAUUCAGAAAAGGUAUCUUUAUGAACGAAUUGAUGGUAGAGUCCGUGGUAAUAUGCGCCAAGCAGCAAUAGAUCGUUUCAGCCGUCCAGACUCUGAUCGGUUUGUGUUCUUGCUGUGUACACGGGCUGGCGGGCUGGGGAUUAACCUCACUGCUGCAGACACCUGUAUCAUCUUUGACUCUGACUGGAAUCCUCAGAAUGACCUUCAGGCACAAGCACGUUGUCACCGGAUUGGUCAGAGCAAGGCUGUUAAGAUUUACCGACUGAUCACCAGAAACUCCUAUGAAAGAGAGAUGUUUGACAAGGCCAGCUUAAAGUUAGGACUGGACAAAGCUGUUCUGCAGUCUAUGAGUGGACGGGACAAUCAAUUGAGUGGGCCUAUCCAGCAGUUUACCAAGAAAGAGAUUGAAGACUUGCUACGGAAAGGUGCUUAUGCAGCCAUCAUGGAUGAAGAUGAUGAAGGCUCCAAGUUUUGCGAGGAAGAUAUUGAUCAAAUUUUAUUGAGGAGAACUACCACCAUAACAAUAGAGUCUGAAGGAAAAGGUUCCACUUUCUCCAAGGCAAGUUUUGUCGCAUCUGAAAACAGGACAGACAUUUCAUUGGAUGAUCCUAACUUUUGGCAAAAAUGGGCAAAAAAAGCUGAUUUAGAUCUAGUUCUGCUUAACAGUAAGAACACACUGGUGAUAGACACACCCCGUAUCAGGAAACAGACUCGACACUUCAGUAAUAAGGAUGAUGAUAUGGUAGAAUUUUCAGAUCUAGAAAGUGAUGAUGAUGACCGUCCACGAGCUCGACGACAUGAUCGCAAAAAUGGUUAUGGUCGUACAGACUGCUUCAGAGUAGAGAAGCACCUUCUUGUCUAUGGAUGGGGUCGGUGGCGUGACAUAUUAAACCAUGGCCGCUUCAAACGAGGUAUGACAGAACGGGAUGUGGAGAAAAUCUGCAGAGCCAUCUUAGUUUAUUGUCUAUUGCACUAUCGGGGCGAUGAGAACAUUAAAAGCUUUAUUUGGGACCUGAUCAGUCCUGCAGAGAAUGGCAAAACCAAGCAGCUGCAAAACCACUCAGGUCUUUCUAUUCCUGUACCUCGUGGACGCAAGGGCAAAAAAGUAAAGUCUCAGAGCAGCUUUGAUAUACACAAAGCAGACUGGAUUCGUAAAUACAACCCUGACACUCUGUUUCAAGAUGAGGGUUACAAGAAGCAUUUAAAGCACCAAUGCAACAAGGUUCUGCUGCGGGUACGGAUGUUAUAUUAUCUCCGGCAGGAAGUGAUUGGAAGCCAUGCAAUGAAGGUGCUUGGAGGAGUUGAUGCCAGGGAGAUUGACUUAUGGGUCCCACAAGUUGAUCAAGCAGACUUACCAGCUCUUUGGUGGGACAGAGAGGCGGACAAGUCUUUACUUAUUGGAGUCUUUAAACAUGGGUAUGAGAAGUACAAUACUAUGCGUGCAGAUCCUUGUCUUUGCUUCCUAGAGAAGGUGGGUGGGCCAGAUGAGCAGGCAAUUGCUGCAGAGCACCAUGCACAGGAUUAUGUGGAGCUGCCAGAGGGCGGAGAUUUUGAUAGGGAUGUUGAAGAUCCUGAGUAUAAACCACUCCAUGUACAGAAAGAUGCGGAGGAGGAGAUGGACCCACUUAUGAUGGAUGAGGAAAUAUCUGUGGUGGAUGGUGAUGAAGCAACACCUGUGCCUAGUGGCAUGUUAUGGCCGCCUGGAUCUGCACUAACUGCCCGCCUUCGCCGGCUUAUCACUGCGUACCAGCGCAGCUAUAAGCGAGAACUGCUGAAGAUUGAAGCUGCUGAACGAGGUGACAAGCGAAAGAAACGCUGCGAGGCAGCUUUCAAACUUAAGGAAAUUGCACUUCGGGAAAAACAGCAGAGGUGGACACGCCGAGAGGUUUGUGACUUUUUCCGUGUUCUUUCCAGCUUUGGGGUUGAGUAUGAUCCUGACACACAGCUUUAUGACUGGCACAGAUUCCGUAGUCUGGCUAGGCUGGAUAAGAAAACCGAUGAGUCACUACUUAAAUAUUUUUAUGGUUUUGUGGCAAUGUGUCGGCAAGUGUGUCGUUUACCACCAGUCGCAGGAGAUGAGUCUCCAGAUCCAUCCUUGUUCAUUGAACCUAUUUCAGAGGAACGAGCAUCAAGAGCUUUGUUCCGCCUUGACCUCCUGCGUAGGGUGCGUGAGCAGGUCCUGUGUCAUCCUUUGCUUCCUGCACGUUUGUCUUUGUGUCGGCCGGACCCCGAAUUACCUGAGUGGUGGGAGAGUGGCCGUCAUGAUAGGGAGCUUCUUGAAGGGGCAGCUCGAUAUGGACUAAGCCGCACAGACCUUACACUUCUGCCUGACCCUUCAUUUUCUUUCCUAAGAUGUCGACUCAGCUAUCUCCAAUCUAGGGGCAUGUCUAAUCCCUCCCGCCCAUCCACUCCCUCCACUGUACCACCUUUAGCUACCACAGAACUUCAAGCCCCUCAUAUUCUUUCACUCUCUUCAUCUGUCAGUUCCUCUCCAGCUCCACGACGGUCUUCUUGCUCCUCAUCGUCCUCUUCAUCCAACCUCGAUGAUUCUUCUGAUGAGAGCAAUGGGAGCAAAGCAGCUAAUCGAAAUGCAGGUUUACCACACACUCGGUUAUUUGGUGAGGAAAAUCGAUUGUCCGUCACAGACUCUCCAGCAGACCUGAAAUCAGAGGACAGUGCUCAAGCAGUCCUGGAAAAUCCACAGAGUGCAGACUGGCCGAAGGAUCGGGUUCUGAUCUGCCGAAUUGAGCAAGUCUGCAAUGCAGUGUUAACUGGCAAAUGGGGCUUACCAAGAAGAAUUUUAGAUCCACCAAGUGACAGCCCUGACAGCAUGUCGCCAACCCCUGAGGAACAAAGCCCUGCCACCUUCACACACAGACCUUCACACAGAGCCCAUGAUCCAAAGGAAUUUACAGUCCAAAUCAGAAGUGAGGAAGGACUAAAGAUAAAAUUUCAAAAACAUAAACUUCUAGGUAACGGAGCAGUGGAAUCGGUACAACAUGUACAUAAGAAGAAGAGUAAAAAGAAAUUGGCCCAGAUGGAUUUAGAUAUGGAUGCUCGAAUUCCAGUUGUGAAUCAGAGGGAUGGCACUGUACUACUUGGGGAGGAAGCCCCUAGGCGCUGCCAACUACAUGAGUGGUUGCACAGGCAUCCUGACUUCAUUGUGGAUCCCCGUUUUCUAGCGUACAUGGAGGACCGGAGGAAACGCAAGAAACACAAGAGUAAAAAAUCCAAAUCCUCUUCAGCAGCACUUGGUAUUAUAGGCACUAUGCACACCUCCCACCAUCACAAUGGGAAAAAGUCUUCACUCACAGAGAAUACAUUUGACGUUCAACACCUGCCCACAGCAGCCAAGAAGAGAAAGAAACGUCCUCCCUCCAAGCUUAUAUUGCCAUCUGCACUGCAUGGUGCUGGUGACACUUCUCAUUCCUUCUCUCGGGACCCUAAGCCAGAACCCAGUGCUAAUCCUCUGCGGGCCAUGUAUGGAGCAGCAGGAGAGGGAAUUCUGCAUCAGUCUGGACAUUCUGGUCUGGCAAUACCUCGUUAUCACCCUCUGCACACAUCUUCUGCAAGCAGAAUUCAAGGACCUGCUUUUGGUGAUGAUUUAUCGAGUUAUGAGCCCCAACAGCAACACUUCUCUCUGCUUGAUGACCCCAUGAUGCCAGCAAACUCUUCCUCCAGUGGCGAUGAAUUGGACAGACCUUGAUAGGACCCUCCCCCUAGUGGGAAUCGUGAACAACCCACAAAGAUGCAGGGCCAAACCCUCUCUAUAGAGACAUUGUUCCGCCUUGUCACGAGUAGCCUGUUUUUUGUUUUUUUUUCUCUCCCACCCCUUUUCAGGACUCCAUGGCUAAUUCAAUGUCUGCGUCCCAGGAUCCUUUGCGGCAGGAUACACGCAGGAUCAUAAAGGACAAAUGAAUGAGGCUUUGACUUUUUUUUUCUUUUUUUUUUUUAAAUUAAUAUUAUUAACUCUAUUGCUGGAAGGGGCCUUGCACCACACUUUAUUGCAAAACAGGUUCUGGAAUAUUAUGAAGUCUUACAGUGCAAUAAGGCACUUCAGGAUCUGGGUGACAAGGUCCCUAUUCCAUUUGGGGUUCUCCACUAUUCACCCAAACCUGAUGUGCAUCAAUCCCAUAGGUCACUGGUAUAGGAAUUACAUGACUUGGAUACGUUGCAGUAAGGUUACUGCAGCUUUACUAUUCUGCACAGGGCAUA